CAAACAAAUUUAAACGAACGAGCUCAUACGAAACACAAGUACACAUUAUUUGAAGUGUGAAACGAACGAAUUUCGCGUUUAAUGAAAAUAAAUAAUAUCACAAUCAAAACACAAAUAUCGGUUCAAAAUGAGGAUCAUUUAUUUACUUCUUCUUGUGUCCUUGUUUUGUCUGGUGAGCGCGAAAUAUUUGCCCAAUGAACGUGCUUCAGGCAUUUUGCUCAGGAAGCCUAGAUCUUUAUCAGAUGAAUCAAAUAUUUCAAACGAAAGUAAUGAUGAUGAUAAUACAAAUGAAAACGAUGACGACAAUGACGAUUCCUUGGAGCGUAAACAAAUUGAACAACAGUUGAAACUUCAAGAGAAAAGAGAGAAAGAGGAGCGAAAACGUUUAGAAAAAGAACGUAAGCAUCGAGAAAAACUUGAAGAAGAGGAACGAAAGUUGCAAGAAAAAAUAGCAGAACGGGAACGUAAACUACAGGAAAAACUGGAAAAGGAAGAACGCAAGCGACAAGAGAAAUUGGAAAAAGAAGAGCGGAAGCGACAAGAAGAAGAAAGGAAACUGCAAGAAAAACUUGAGAAAGAAGAACGUAAACGUCAAGAAAAGAUUCAAAAACAUCUAGAAGAGAUUGAAAAGAAAACAGCCGAACAAAAUAACCCGGUGGUUGACAGCUCCUCUGAGUCCACUGAAGACAAUGAUCCCAUGGAUUUGGAAGAUAUUUGGAAGAACUAUGUAUAUUCAAGGUACGGGUUAACUGCUAACAACAGUGAUAUUGAGAAGCAGGCUGCGGUGAACAGAUAUUUAUCAGAAGAGCUUGGUUUAAGUGUUAAUAGUACUAAGGUUGAAUAUCGCCAAGCAGUUUUACAAUUAGUCCAAAACAAAUUGUUAAAUGAUACUGGUGCAGCGGAUAGUUUCCAUAAUUAUUUGAUUAGUCACGUGAAUGCCGUGUAUAUUCAGAGGCUUAGUGCUGAAUUAGAAGCCAAAAUAGCUGAAUUGGAUAACGAGACAGCUUUAUUGCAAAAUGUCAGCUUACCAUGGGUAAACGAGGCCCAACAAACAAUCGAGCAAAAGAGAACUAUACUUCAAACUGUUGUUCAAUUUUUGUCGAACGUACUACCCAAUUGGAUAACUGGAACGCAAACAGGCCCCUCCGCCUUUAAUCCCCCUACUUCAGACGCCAGUGUAGCACUUGGUAGCUCAUCUGUGGGUGUUGCUAAUGUAGAUGCCUCAGUAAGUGUCUCAUCUAACUCUGCUCCCACUGACGGCAGUGUAUCAGUAGGCGGUUCAUCCGCCGCAGUACCCGCCAAUGCUGGCGCCUCUGUAGCUGUGUCGUCUAACUCUGCUCCCGCUGACGGCAGUGUAUCAGUAGACAGUUCAUCCGCCGGAGUACCUGCCAAUGCUGGCGCCUCAGUAGCUGUGUCAUCUAACUCUGCUCCCGCUGACAGCAGUAUAUUAGUAGACAGUUCAUCCGCCGCAGUACCCGCCAAUGCUGGCGCCUCAGUAGCUGUGUCAUCUAACUCUGCUCCCGCUGACGGCAGUGUAUCAGUAGAUAGUUCAUCUGCCGGAGUACCAGCCAAUGCCGGCGCCUCAGUAGCUGUGACAUCUAACUCUGCUCCCGCUGACGGCAGUGUAUCAGUAGACGGUUCAUCCGUUGCAGUACCCGUCAAUGCUGGCACCUCUGUAGCUGUGUCAUCUAACUCUGCUCCCGCUGACGGCAGUGUGUCAGUGGACAGUUCAUCCGCUGGAGUGCCAGCCAAUGCUGGCGUCUCAGUAGCUGUGUCAUCUAACUCUGCUCCCGUUGACGGUAGUGUAUCAGUAGACGGUUCAUCCAUUGCAGUACCCGUCAAUGCUGGCGCCUCUGUAGCUGUGUCGUCUAACUCUGCUCCCGCUGACGGCAGUGUAUCAGUAGACAGUUCAUCCGCCGGAGUACCAGCCAAUGCCGGCGCCUCAGUAGCUGUGUCAUCUAACUCUGCUCCCACUGACGGUAGUGCGUCAGUAGACGGUUCAUCCGUUGCAGUACCCGCCAAUGGUGGCGCCUCUGUAGCUGUGUCGUCUAACUCUGCUCCCGCUGACGGCAGUGUAUCAGUAGACGGUUCAUCUGUCGCAGUACCCGCCAAUGCUGGCACCUCUGUAGCUGUGUCAACUAACUCUGCUCCCGCUGACGGCAGUAUAUCAGUAGACAGUUCAUCCGCCGCAGUACCCGCCAAUGCUGGCGCCUCAGUAGCUGUAUCAUCUAAUUCUGCUCCCGCUGACGGCAGUGUAUCAGUAGCCGGUUCCUCCGCCGCAGUACCCGCCAAUACUGGCGCCUCAGUAGCUGUAUCAUCUAACUCUGCUCCCGCUGACAGCAGUGUAUCAGUAGACGGUUCAUCUGUCGCAGUAACCGCCAAUGCUGGCGCCUCUGCAGUUGUAUCAUCAAACUCUGCUCCCGCUGACGGCAGUGUAUUAGUAGACGGUUCAUCCGCUGGAGUGCCCGCCAAUGCUGGCGCAUCAGUAGCUGUGUCAUCUAAUGCCGCCUCCGUUGACGCAGCCCCCGUUGACGCAGCCCCUGUUGACGCUGCCUCUGUUGACGUUGCCUCUGUUGACGCUGCCCCCAUCGACGCAGCGCCCGUUGAUGUAGCUCCCGUUGACGCUGCCUCCAUUGACGCAGCUCCUGUUGACGCUGCCCCCAUUGAUUCAGCUCCCGUUAACGCUGCCCCCGUCGGUGUAGCUCCCAUCGACACAGCCCCCGUUGAUGUAGCUCCUGUUGACACCACCUCCAUUGACACAACCCCCAUUGACGCUGCCCCUGUUAACGCUGCCGCUGUUGACGCAGCCCCCGUUGACGCUGCCCCUGUUGUCGCUGCCCCCGUUGACGUAACUCCCGUUGAUGCUGUCCCUGUUGACGCUGCCCCCGUUGACGUAGCUCCCGUUGAUACUGUCCCUGUUAACGCAGCCCCCGUUGACACAGCCCCCGUUGACAUAGCUCCCGUUGAUGCUGUCCCCGUGGACGCUGCUCCUGUUAACGCAGCUCCCGUUGACGUAGCUCCCGUUGACGCAGCCCCCGUUGACGCUGCCCCUGUUGACGCAGCUCCCGUUGACGUAGCUCCCGUUGACGCAGCCCCUGUUGACGCAGCUCCCGUUGACGCUGCCCCUGUUGAAGUAGCUCCCGUUGACGUAGCUCCCGUUGACGUAGCUCCCGUUGAUGUUGCCCCUGUUGACGUUGCCCCUGUUGACGCAGCCCCCGUGGACGCUGCUCCUGUUAACGCAGCUCCCGUUGACGUAGCUCCCGUUGACGCAGCCCCCGUUGACGCUGCCCCUGUUGACGCAGCUCCCGUUGACGUAGCUCCCGUUGACGCAGCCCCUGUUGACGCAGCUCCCGUUGACGCUGCCCCUGUUGAAGUAGCUCCCGUUGACGUAGCUCCCGUUGACGUAGCUCCCGUUGAUGUUGCCCCUGUUGACGUUGCCCCUGUUGACGCAGCCCCCGUGGACGCUGCUCCUGUUAACGCAGCUCCCGUUGACGUAGCUCCCGUUGACGCAGCCCCCGUUAACGCUGCCCCUGUUGAUGCAGCUCCCGUUGACGUAGUUCCCGUUGACGCAUCUCCCGUUGACUUAGCUCCCGUUGACGCAGCCCCCGUUGACGCUGCCCCUGUUGAGGCAGUUCCUGCUGACUCGGCCAACUCGGUGGUGGAAUCAUCUAACCCUGCCCCAGUUGAUGCUGGUGUCCCAGUAGACAGCUCGGUCAGCUCGGCUGUCGCGGUUCCAACCGAAGCAGGUGUAUCUGAGAGCCCUAUUGCAGUAAAUACGGAGGGAAUUAUUGCAAGUUCAACUGACGCUGUACCCAUCGACGUUACUAGUGCAUCUGGAAGCAACGUAUCUCCCUCUGGACCAGCUGAACCAGUUUCUAGCUCUGGGCAAGUCUCUGACGCUGUAAAUAAUAUUGAGACUACAGUAGCACCUCAAGUUGUUCAAGAAAAUACUAAUACUCCCGCUGUACCGGAGUCAGUCUACGGUGAAACCUUAGCUCCGGUACCUUUUGAAGACGGUGCAGCAUUGUUAGAAGUGACCACCCAAUAAUUAUGAAUUCUAGAUUUGUACAAUGUUAAAAAUAGUUGUUUAUUCUUUGAUGUUUAUUUAAUUAAAUAAGUUCUGGCAUUUAA